CAAACACUGAAGAAACACGUCUAUACUCAAGAAGGAGGAACUAUUGAUCUCAAGAACGUGAAGCUGAUCAGAAUUCCAAAUCCACAGCCUGGACUAUGGCAGGUCACAACCAACUCUCGGCUGAAGCACACUAUUCGGAUUUUUGGACACGGCAGUAUAGAUUUCAAGUUUGGAUUUGCCACAAGGCCAUUGGAGCGAAUUGAACUGGCACAACCGAGGCCUGUUUCCAAUCAGAAUACAUAUCUUCUGGUGAAUAUGACUGGAGUGCUACCACCCGGCAUGGUCAACAAGAUCGCUUUACUAGACUACUUCGGGAACUCAAUCUACAUCUCCAACGCUACUCUCAGAAGAGACACCCAUCAAAUGUACUUUGUUGGGCCUUUCUUUCCUCCCAGCAACUUAUUCUUCGUGCAAAUCAAUGGGCUAGAUCAUAGCGGCUACAAAUUUCAACGAAUUGCGCCCACUGCUAUUGGCACGGUAGCUGUCGGCGGGCCACGGGCGUAUAUGAACCCAACUACAAAUGCAAUGGCUGCAACGGAUGUUAAUAUUACCUGCACUAUCGAGAGUACCUCGCCAUUUACUCUUUUUUGGAUGAAAAACAACCAUCGUAUAGGAGGUCCUUUGUUCUAUCGGGUUACCGACACCGCAGUUUGGCACAUACCAGAGGUAACAAACAUGGACCGUGGAGAAUACCAAUGCUUCGUUGUGAGUGACAAUGUGUCAGCUCUCAUUGCAGAAUCACCACCUGUUUUCACUGGUCGCACUAAUUUUUCAACUGCUCUUGGUGCUCCUGCAUUCCUCCACUGUCAGGCUCAAUCAUCGAGCGAUGUGGAGAUCAGGUGGUCACGUUUUGGUGUCAUCUUAGUCAACGAUGCGAAUACGUCGGCACUGAAGCCUGUUUUUCAGAUGAUUCACCAUAAUGGAACCCUUCAAAUUUUUCGAACCUCUCAGGCAGACGCUGGUCCGUACGAGUGCCAAGCUCAAAAUACUGGAGGAGUGGCGAUCCAAAGCAUUACGUUG